AUGGCUGUGCAAGGCGGGGAGGAUGUUUACGCAACGGUACGAGCUCUGGUCCUGGCACACUCGCUCCGCGAUGCCGGCACCACCAAGAAGCUGGCCGUUCUGGUCACGCUUGACUCGGUGUCUGGUGAAGUAAUAUCACAGCUGAAGACCGUGUACGAUUAUGUGAUACCCGUACCACGCAUAAAGAACGAGAAGCCGGCGAAUCUCAACCUCAUGAACCGCGCCGACCUGCACUCGGCCUUCACCAAGAUCCACUUGUGGAAAUUAACGCAAUAUCGCAAAAUUGUCUAUAUCGAUGCUGAUGUUGUUGCUUACCGGGCUGUCGACGAGCUCUUCGAUCUCCCACACGCUUUCUCUGCCGCUCCGGACAUUGGCUGGCCGGACUUAUUCAACACUGGAGUAAUGGCUCUCACACCGAAUCUAGGCGACUACUACGCCUUAAUAGCCAUGGCCGAGAGAGGCAUUUCCUUUGACGGUGCUGAUCAGGGCCUUCUCAACAUGUACUUCAAGAAUGACUAUAACCGCCUGUCAUUCACGUACAACGUCACUCCCUCGGCGCACUAUCAGUAUGUACCCGCAUAUCGGCACUUUCAGUCCAGCAUAAAUAUGGUCCAUUUCAUUGGCCCCGAGAAGCCGUGGUUCAAAGGGAGGCAAACAAGCGACAGCAAUUCCCCAUACGACGAGAUUUCUGCGAAAUGGUGGGCUGUGUACGAUCGCCACUAUAAGGUUCAAACACCCGCGCCGACACCCGAAGGAACGCAGCAGGAUCAAUCACAGAGGCCGCCAGAAUUGGUACAAAUGUCUCCUCCGCCAGAUUCGAAGCCAGAAGCCGCGAACUUUCCGUCAAUACAAUACGAAAUGUCUUCUGAUGUAGCUCCAUUCGUUCCUCCCAAACGGUACCCAAGCCCACCGAGGAACAUGUGGUAUGAGGUGCCAAAAGAUAAACCCGCUCCUUCAACCGAGAAGCCCCGCGCGAUUUUCCCCUGGGAAACUCAUCAACCGCGGGCUUCGAGAGUCUUCGCUAACGACCCGUAUGAAAACGAGCCGCCUGUGACUGGGGAAUCGACGAUUGAGCCGUCUGGUGAGCCCAAGGCUUCAUUCGCACCCCACGCGCCCGUAACUGAGCCAUCUGUCACAGAAACAUCCUCUGCGGAACAUAAGAGCGAGCCUCAGACACCUACCACACCAACCAUCCGAGUUGUGCCCUCGGACCCCUGGUCCUCCUUCACACGGUUCAACGCCUGGGAUGACGUGCCUGAGAUUGACAAGUACGUCGAUACCCUGCCAUGGCACCGUAGGACGAAGAGCCAGGGGACUCCAACGGGGCAGAAAUCGCCUGGAUCUGGUGGUGGGACGGAUCGAGGGCAGAACGAAACGUCCGCCGCUGCAGCUUGGCGGAGGCACGGCUCUAAACUGACCGACUUUCCGACCGAAUUCGAGCGACCCAGUCUACCUGUCACUCCAGCACCUAUUCGCCGGCCGAAGUUCUGGGGCGGUGGUGGCCCAGGCAUCGCCGGUGAAGGUGAGGAAGAUGACGAGCAGCUGCCGACGGCCCAGGGGGUGCCUCGGCAGGCUGACUGGGACCCCGUAGCGCAGCUUCAGAAACUGGCUAAGCAGCAGUCUGAGCUGCUACUCAGGAAGCUUGGCGGCGGGGAAGACGCUGGUGGCGGUUCAAGCGAGGGAGGCUUUUCGGUACGUCGAGAGAUCCCCGAUCGCCCGCUCCCCUUUGGCUCUGAGGACGUUAAGUCGCCAACAUAUGUUGCGCAGUCUUCGGGCGUGCUCAGUCCUCAGCCGGUGAAACCUGGCGCGGGGCCUCGCAGCAUCUUGGGCGAGCAGGAAGCCAUACCGCGCAGCACCGCUGCAGCGACGACCUCGACGUCGGGCUCAUCGAUUCCUGAGCCGGCAUAUCACGGCCCGGGCGUCGCCUGGGAGAAGGACGAGGACUUUUUGCACCAGUCCGCACCCUUGCCACCCACGGAGGAGGAGGAAGACGUGCUGGACACAUGA